AAAAUACCAAAGUGCAGUUGAAACCAAACACAGCAGCAGCAACAGUUUGGUGCAGGGGCAACAACAAAGCGCGACCAGCUGGUCCAGUGCAUCCCAAAGCACUUUCCCGAGACUGACCUGCAGGAGAGAAAAGCCCACGCUUUUCUCCGUGACCUCUUUGGCGAAUACACAAAAAUCGGGGACAAUUUUCGGCUGAAGCCAUGUUUUGAGACACCAGAAGCAGCGGAUAAUGCGGCGCUCACUACCAGACAGCGAGCACUCGGACUCGGAGUCGUGCUCCUCCACGACGGACAGCCAGGCGAGCCACGAGCGGAUCACCCAGCGAGCGGACGUGUUCACCAUCAAGGCCAUGUCACCCAGACCCAAUGCUGGCCUCGGAGCCUGGCUAUGUUUGUUGCUCCCGCUGGCCCUCGGCGUCCGCCUGCUGCAUUCCCCGCCUGGCUGCCAGGAUCAGGCCCAGAUGCAGUGGAUCCUUGCCGUUUCGGCCGGCGGAAUGGCCCUGGAAACCCUCUGUUUCUUCAUCUACGCGUUCAUUAAGACGGGCAUCUUGGUCAAGUGUUUGGUGAGCCUUCUGCCCGGAGUGAUUACGAGUUUGUGCUUCUGCCUCCUGGCGGACACCUCGCUCACCUUUGCGUUCUCCGUGGGAUUCGUGAUGAUCGCCUCGUAUCAGCAGAUUUAUAUUUACACGCUGCGCGGCUUUGAGCAGUCCUUCUCCUACGGCGAAGCUUCUGUUUUUGUCCAGGGUCUGGUGCUCUUCGCCAUGAGUGCUAUUAAUCGAUUCAGCGGCCUAUUCUGCGACGGAUCCUGGGCAACUGAUGAGUUUGACAAGCUCAACAUGAUCAUGGUGAAUGCCCUCUUCUGGCUGCUGGUGUUUUGUGUGGCCCUCAUCGCGCUUCCCACGCUAAGGAAACCAGUGCACUUUUACCUGUCGUUUGGUGUACUCUUGGCGGCUGUAACCUGUAUGCCGGUCACGCAACCCCUGCCUCUGAUUGCCCUCUUCCAGUUCCUUCUCCGGGACCAGAAACGUCUCAGCAUCCUGGUCUUCUAUCUGCUGCUGGUUCUGCUCACCUGCAUCACCGUAGCCUGGCAGAUUGGCAGCUCUUCGAGGGCCAAUACACGGGUGCGAAAGAUCUUCCACCUCCUAAUCGUGCUGGUCUAUGUCCCGGGAGUGGUCUACGAGUGCGCCCUGCUGUACCUGGGCACAGGAGUUGCCUUGGCUGUAUUUGUGGUGCUGGAGCUAGUGCGUGUGCUGAAGAUUCCUCCAUUUGCUGACAAGCUGGGCGAUGCCUUCCGUUCGUUCAAGGAUGAGAAAGAUGCUGGCGACAUGGCUUUGACCCCGUUUUGCCUGCUCAUCGGAUGUUCAAUGCCCCUUUGGUUGACGCCGUGCCCCUGCUCUGGCGGGGAUGUGCUGGCCAUGCUCUCGGGAAUCCUGGCCGUGGGUGUGGGUGAUACGGCCGCCAGCGUCGUGGGCUCUAAAUGGGGUCGCAGCAAGUGGGGAAAAUCCUCCCGCUCUGUGGAGGGCACUGUCGCCUUUGUGGUCUCCAUCCUGUUCGCCGUCUGGCUGCUGGAGUUUGCCGGAUUGAUGGCCAUGACCCAGGCCAAAUGGUUCGCCACCAUUUUCGCGGCUCUAAACUCUGCCCUCGUAGAGGCCUUCACCGACCAGGUGGACAACCUGGUGCUGCCGCUGAUAUUCUACGCAAUCGUGGGGCUGGCCUAGGCUGCUGCAAGUGGAUGUAAAUAUGUGACGUAGCAUUCCCCGGUGUAUUUAUAUGUAAAUUAAACUUAGCAUAAGGAACUAUAAAUAAAUAAAAAUACUCUGCUCUCCGUGUAA